UAUUAGGUGUCCCAAUGAGUGUCCUUUUCGUGUGGGGUUUGUUCCUUGUUCUCCGGUGUUUGUGUGUAUGUGUGUUACGUUGGAGCUGGUUCGUUGUUCCUCGUUCCUGGUGUGUGUGUGGUGUAGGCGGAUGGAGGAGGAGGAGGGACCGUUCAACCAGGAAAUCAGAAGAGGAUUUGUGGCUUCCCAUUUGCUGUCUUCAUGGGGAACGAAUUACUGAGAGGAAGGGUGUCCUGGUUUCUGUGAUUGGAGUACUUGGUGUGAUACAGUUAAAUGCAGGCAUGAGACAGAGAAUCAGUGUAAUGAUGAAGUCAUUAUUACACCUUGUAAUCAUUCUCCCGUGUCUGGAGGGUUUUCUGUGGAAAGACCUGAAGAUACACUCAGAGCACAUGGGAAUAUACUUCCAAAAUAAUCCUGAGAUUGCCAGAGAAUGUGAAAAAAGCCCCUCGUGUCCUUUUAAUAUGCAUCUCAACCGCAAAAUUUGUUGGGGUUAUGAGAAUGAUUGCAAAAAAGAGUAUGCAUAUAGCCAUCCCUCAUGUCCUGGUGACCACAGAGGCUGGGUUAGAACCAAGGAAGAGCAAAUAGCCACAUUCUAUAGCCAGGGGGACUUUGGGUUUAUCCAGGAGCAACGUGAAGAGUUAAAAACAUACUGUCACCCAGAACAGGAGGGAGAUUCAGUUCUUGAAUGUAGUGACCAUAUGAGAUUUUGCCGAGGGAAAUAUAUAUCCAUAGACUUCCGCGAUUUAGCCAGUCGGAAGGAACCAGUUCUCUACAAUGUAGAUGUUUUGAAGCAUGGACAAGUUGGUGGACGUUGCAAAUUAGAUAAAAGCUUGCAUAAAGCCAAUUCUGAUCAGAUUAGCUUCCUCCAGUCUUGGGGCCCAGAGUUGCAACACUUCACAGAACGGAAGGAGAGGGUGCAGCGCAAUGCGGAAAUGUGUGAUGUGUGGGUGGAAGACCCUGCAGUUAUUAUGAAACUUGAUGCUACAAGUAACAUGUACCACCACUUUUGUGAUUUCUUCAACCUGUAUGCCGCCCAGCAUGUCAACAAUUCCGAUGCCUUUGCGUUCUCCCGAAACAACCAGGUUCUGCUUUGGACAACAUAUACUUAUCGGUCCAACUUUGGUGCAACUUUUGAUGCCUUCACAAAGAAGAAGAUAUGGAACCUGGAAGAUGUAAAAGGAAGAAGAGUGUGUUUCAAGAAUGUUAUGUUUCCACUUCUACCAAGGAUGAUCUUUGGUCUCUAUUACAAUACUCCAAUUAUAUGGGGUUGUGAAAACAGUGGUCUUUUCCAUGCAUUUUCUCGGCACAUUCUCCAUCGCUUGGACAUUCCCGAGAGGGCCAUAGGUGAUGGAAGAAUACAUGUGACAUUCCUUGUGAGGGAUACAAAAUUCAGACGUAUUUUGAAUCAGCCUGCUCUCAUCAAAGCACUAGAGAAUAACAAGGAAUUCAUUGUUAGGAAGGCAGAGUACAGCCAUCAGAUGGAUUUCCGUCAGCAGCUGAGGCAGGAUCAGUGGACUGACAUUUUCAUCGGAAUGCAUGGUGCAGGACUAACACACUUGUUGUUCCUCCCUGACUGGGCUGUACUCUUUGAGAUAUACAACUGUGGUGAUGCAAACUGCUACCAGGAUUUAGCUCGUUUGAGAGGAAUUAAAUAUAUGACUUGGGAAGAUCUCACAAAACUCAAGCCUGAAGAUGAGGGACAUCACCCAGAUAUAGGAGCACACGAGAAGUUUACAAAUUAUGAAUUCAAUGUUAAGGAGUUCAUGCGGCUGAUGCAGAAAGCCGCGGACCACGUCAGGAAUCACAGAGGAUGGCAGAACUUACAAGAAAAACUGAGACUUGCUCAAAGGCGUGAGGAGCUAUGAUCAUUUUAUUUAUUUAUAUUAAAAAAAAAAGAUUAUAAUAAAAUAAUUUUUAAGAGCUUUU